ACCACCUACUACGAUCGGCGACUGCGGCAAGGCCCAGCUCUUGUCCGAGCGAGACGGCCAUAUCUCUUCAAGAAUGCUCUGACCGGCCUUGGUCUCUUUGCGCUCGUUGGAGGAGUUUACUGGUAUACCAUCAAUGCCGUUGGACAAGACGACUUUGAGGAUGUCAAGGUUCCGGAUGCGCCUCGACAGCCGUCCAAGGCGAAAUAA